AUGUCGUCUGUAAACAGCCUAAGCGAGGAUAAUUCUCUAGCCAACCACGCCGGGAGUCAACCUGCAGCUUCUGGUCAGAAUCCCCAAGUUUCUCCGAACGAACCAAUUCACCCACGCCUGGAUGACUUUAUCAAAGAGCCACUUGACUCUGGAAAUAGGAACGUCAUGCUUCCUGACAGAAAUACCAACGUGGAAUUGGCCGUUAAAGAUUCCCAAGAGCGGAUGGAGAAGGAUAUCGAAAACACAGCUAAACCGCUAGGGAAACCGGAAAGCUGUCUGCUAACCGGGGUAUCUGUCGCUCAAAGCUCUGAGGAACAUCCUCCCCUAACGACAUGGAAAUGCACCACAUCAGGAGGCUGCGUUCAGCAGAAUACCUCUGUCGUGCUAGACAAGGAUUCUAAGUAUGCCCAAGGUUCUGCCGGCUCAAGAACAGCAGCUGAUUAUGCUGCUAUGGGAGUUUCUACCUCGGAUGACGCUGUGACGCUGUAUCACUACGUCAACUCGGGCAGCACGCUCAAUCCCGCGUCCCCGCGCAUCUACCUUCUGGACGCCGAGGGAGAAUACGUCAUGAUGAACCUUCUCAACCAGGAGCUUUCCGUGGAUGUCGACUACUCGGCCGUCCCCUGCGGAGAGAAUGGAGCGUUCUAUCUCUCGGAGAUGAAGGCCGACGGCGGGGGGUCCUCGGGCGGCGCCGCAGCCGGCCAAGGCUACUGCGACGCCCAAUGCCAGGGCUACUGCUGCAACGAGAUGGAUAUCCUCGAGGCCAACGCGAAGGCUACGGCAAUGACGCCGCACCCGUGCAGCGGGGACAACUGCGACAAAGCCGGCUGUGGGUACAAUCCCUACGCGGCCGGCCAGCGUAACCUCUGGGCAACUGGAGGGUCUGUCGACACGAGCAAGCCGUUCACAGUUGUGACACAGUUCGUUGGUAGUGGCACGUUGACGCAAAUAACCCGCACCUACAUCCAGAAUGGGAAGCAGGUCAAUGGCGGUUCCAUUGGCAGCUGCAACGACGGGGCUGGUGGGCUUUCUGGUAUGGGCCAAGCUCUAGGACGAGGGAUGGUAUUGGCGAUGAGUAUCUGGAACGACGCGGCACAGCAGAUGUCCUGGCUAGACGCUGGUAACAAUGGACCUUGCAACAUUCAAGAGAGUACUCCCUCCAACAUUCAGGCUCAGCAUCCCGACACCCAUGUUACCUUUUCUAAUAUUCGGUGGGGUGACAUCGGAUCUACCACUAAGGGUUAG